AUUAACCAAAGUUUUGAAUACGAGCCAUUUUCAAGUUCAAAAUGUUGUUUCUUACUCACACACACUCCCACUUCAUUCAUCACCACCGAAGCAUAACAAUAACAAUCUAACACACUGAAAGUUGAACAAUAAAUAAUGAAAAUCUUCUCAUCUUAUGUUUUUGUUCUAACUGCUCAGUAAAAUUCCCAUUUUGGGGUCAGAAAAUGUCCCAAAUUUUCCAUGGAUGGGAACCCUAACUCUUACGAACUUCUCCGCCAAGUUCAAGCAGCUCUCAAACGCCGUCGAAAUCCCGGUGGUUCGUUGCAAUCGAAUAUCAUACGCCCAAAGCGUUCUGCUGUUGCUGAAGCAAAGGCCAUGACCAAAUCUGAUGAUUCUCAAACGAGUUUGGAUCAAUUAGGGAAUCAUUCUCUUUCGCUUCGAAAGGGUACUGAAGUUGUUGUUGCUGGAGAGGGGUUCAGUGAUUUGGAGAGCAUAUCAUCUCAUAUGGGUUCACUUGCAUUGACAGAAAUGGAGUGUUUGGCAAGCAGCCUACCUGAAGCAUCAAAUGGAAUCAAUCAAGACUUGAAGUACAAAACUAUUAAGCAGGCAGAGUCUAAAAAAAACUUAAUUUCUGAAGGAGGCAAAAUUUCUAUGGUGCCAAGGAGAACAGUAACUAAUCAAGAUCAUUUGCAUAAAUUCAAAAACUUUUUAAGCCAACCAGCUACACAAUCUUCGGUAGUUGGUCCUUCGUGUGCAACAACUACAUCAGUUCAUUCAAGUUCAGCUCCCAUGCUGAAUUCUUUAACUGGUUCUUCUUAUCCCCAUCCAAAUAGUGCCUCAGAUUUGGUUACAAAACGUUGUGGGAACCUUAAUCCUCAUCCAAUAACUCACGGGGUUAUUAAAUCAGCAAAUACUUCCAUAAAAGAAACCACUGGAAUAUCAACUGAUCAAGCAAUGACUGCAGUCCAAGCUUGUAGUUCACUUACUGAUGCUGAAUUGACGUUUAAGGAGAGCAACCCAUCUAAGGAGCAGCAAGGAUGCACUUUAAAGGAAACUAGCAUUUCGAAUCAUGCUUCCUAUAAUGAUGAUGUGUUAACUAAAGGAAAAGAGUCUGCAGUUGCUACCAACACACAACCCGAGGCUCCAACUGUAUCUUCAGAUGUGAAGUUGGAGUCUUCAAAGUUAGGUAAAGCAGAUAAAUUAGCUGCAAGUGGCAAAGGAUCAUCAGGAGCUCGGAAAAGGACCUAUGACCCGGAUUAUUUUUUUAAAGUUAGUGGCAAACUAUAUCAAAGACUUGGAAGAAUAGGUACUGGUGGAAGUAGUGAGGUACACAAAGUGAUUUCAUCAGACUGUACAAUCUAUGCGCUUAAAAAGAUUAAGCUAAAGGGUCGUGAUUAUGCCACUGCAUACGGAUUUUGUCAAGAGAUUGAGUAUCUAAACAGGCUGAAAGGAAAAAGUAAUAUCAUACAACUUAUAGAUUAUGAGGUGACUGACAAGGCUUUGCUUGAAGGAGUCAUGAGUGGCUCCUUCAACAAUAAGGAUGGUAGAGUCAAGGAUGAUGGAUUUAUAUACAUGGUACUUGAACAUGGGGAAAUUGACUUGGCUCAUAUGUUGUCUCAGAAGUGGAAGGAACUGGAUGGGUGCAACCAAACCAUAGAUGAAAACUGGCUUCGGUUUUAUUGGCAGCAAAUUCUUCAAGCUGUCAACACAAUCCAUGAAGAGCGUAUUGUGCAUUCUGACUUGAAGCCUGCAAAUUUCCUCCUAGUCAAAGGUUCCCUAAAAUUGAUUGAUUUUGGUAUAGCCAAAGCAAUAAUGAGUGAUACAACAAACAUUCAGCGGGAUUCACAGGUUGGUACUCUAAAUUAUAUGUCACCAGAGGCAUUUAUGUGCAAUGAGAGUGAUGCGAAUGGGAACAUCAUAAAGUGUGGUCGGCCAUCCGAUAUCUGGUCCUUAGGCUGCAUCCUUUAUCAAAUGGUAUAUGGAAGAACACCUUUUUCAGAUUACAAGACAUUUUGGGCCAAAGUCAAGGUCAUAACUGAUCCAAAUCAUCAAAUUACAUAUGAACCAGUUUCGAACCCAUGGCUUGUCGAUCUUAUGAAGAAGUGUCUUGCAUGGGAUCGCAAUGAAAGAUGGAGAAUUCCUCAGUUACUCCAACAUCCUUUUCUUGCUCCUCCAGUUUCAUGUCAUCCUUCUUUGUCCCAAGACAAUACCUUUAAAUGGCUGCAACUUAUUGCUGAAACCUGUACAUGUGACCAAGAAGCAUUGCAGCUUUGUUAUCAGCUGCAACAGGUGCUUGGUGACCCCUUUAAGUUGAUAAUUCCUGACACAAUGAAUUCGCGAGACGGACAGCGUAAAUUGCUGUCCCAUAUAUCAGAACUCUGUGUUCACCUGCAUGAAAGAUUAACAAAUUCUGAUAACAAAUAAGUAGGAGAUGAAGGAAUGUAGUGGUUUUUUAUUGGUGGUUAUUCCAAAUUCCUUUGAUUUUUAUCCAAUCUGUUUUGGUCAUGCCAUCUCAUGUCUAUUCCUAGUUAUGUAAAGGAAUUAAAUGCGUGCGGCGAAUAUAUCAUAAU